UAGCUACGUAAAUAGCGUACGCGUGAACAUGGACGACCAAUUUCGUGCGCACAUUCUACGGAAAUAACGAAAAGGCGGCGCUACGACACUUCUACUACGCAGUGCGGGUACGCGUAGGAGAUGUGGGCUGGGAGGACCCAGAAACAGUAUUGACGUUAUUCCAGGCUGUACGCAAGAUACAUUUCUCAUCAGAGCUGCAGUGAACUAUAAUAGAGCAAAGCAUGGGAAGGAGUAUAAGUCGUGCUUCUUACGCUGAAUGUCUGGCUAUCUCCACUAGCUUCGGGAAAGCAAGCAAGCUAGCAAGCAGUAACGUUACAGGCUAGCUUCGCAGAGAAGCUGCUGUCUAUUGUGGCCCGCAAAGACCCUCCCAGCUAGCAUCCGUCGCAUGCACAGAGAGAAAAAAUGGUGUACCUGUUAAAUCCUAUAGAGAACCUGAGAAGCUACAUCAACAACCGUCCACCGCUGGUAAUUUUUAUGAUCAGCGUCAGUGCAGUGGCCAUCGCCUUCCUGACCAUUGGUUAUUUCUUUAAGAUUAAGGAGAUCAAGUCUCCAGAGUUGACAGAGGACUGGAACACCUUUCUGCUGCGCUUCAAUGAGCUGGACUUUUGUGUCUCAGAGAAUGAAACCAUAAAGCACGGUCUGAACGAGUCGACCACGCCAGAGAGCAUGGUUGUGACCAGUGGCCAAGCUCGUUCCAGCACCCAGGUUCCCCUCCUGCUAGAGGACUCAGGUCCCAUCAACAUCUCAGUCCCCAUCACCCUCACGCUGGACCCCCAGCGCCCGUUUGGAGGGUACUCUCGCAACCUCACCCACCUGUAUGCCACAGUGCUGGGGCAGCAAGUUGGCUUGUCUAGCCGGGAAGCCCAUGAAGAAAUAAACAUCACUUUCACCCUGCCUGUAUCCUGGAACUCAGACGAGUGUGUACUGCACGGCCACUGUGAGCAGGUGGUGUUCAGCACUUGUAUGACCAUCACGGCGGCAAGCAAUAUCUUCCCAGUCACAGUGCAGCCGCCACACUGCGUGCCAGAGACAUACACCAAUGCCACAUCUUGGUACAAGGUGUUCACCACAGUCCGCGACUCCGAUACCAAGUACAGUCAGGACUACAACCCUUUCUGGUGUUACAAAGGAGCCAUCGGCAAGGUGUACCACGCACUCAACCCAAAGCUUACGGUCAUCGUUCCUGAUGAUGACCGUUCUCUCAUCAACCUGCACCUGAUGCACACAAGCUACUUCCUGUUUGUCAUGGUCAUCACUAUGUUCUGCUAUGCAGUCAUCAAGGGGCGGCCUGGCAAAGUACGGCAAACCAACCCUGACUUCUGCCCUGAGAAGGUACAACAGACACCAGCAGUGCUAUAUGACGAGAACAGAUGGCGUUGUCAGAGGGUUAAAAAGACAUCGGAGAGCUAUUUUAGAACGUACCUGUAACAUGGACAAACUCAAAGAAACAGAAGAAAUAUAAAUAAACAUACCAGUUGCCUAGUGAACCCUGGGAAUACAGUAAGGGACACAAAAGCUCUGUUAAAGCAUUACUCUUGCAAUGUUGGGUUUUUCCAACCAAAGAUAUACAAGUGCCUGUAUCUGUCGUGUAAAUAUUUGUAGGAAGUCUGAUAUUCUGUUUAAAACCUUUUUCUUUUUGUUGAUUAAUAUUAUUAUUUUGCCUGAGUCCCCUUGUGCCAUGUCAGAACAUGCAGUACAUAAACAAAGCAGAACGCCAAACCCGAGAACUACACAGACCAGAAGGCCAGACCCAAGAACUACACGGCAGUUUUUCUAGCAGUCAUUUGGUCUCAUUUACCAAGCAAGAUAGAAAAACCACAGAGAAGUGGGUUACAUGAAACCUAUCCCAGAUUUCAGUUAUGAGAUUUUGCUGUAAAUGUUUGGAUAUCCUAAAACCUGUAAACAAAGUAUUUUGAUCUCCCAUAAUAAGAAAGCAUGAUUAUUAGUCACUUGAAAUCUGUUUAAGUGAACUAAAUAUGCUUGAAUACUCAGGUUGAGAUAAUUGCUUGAGGAUGAGAUGCUUGUUACACACGGAUAAUUAAAUCUUCAGUAUGCACUUGUCGUUGCAGCUUAAACAGGGAAGAGAAUUAAUUGAGCACUGUUCUCUGCACCAGACCCAACAGUGUAAUCAAAACUCUGAUCAGAAUUUGGACAUUACAUGAAGUCUGUUUAAAAGUAGCACUUACUUUAUUUAAUUGAACUCUCACUUAUAACAAUAGGUCCUUACCAGAUUAACAAUUAUGUUUCCAUGUGUGUCUGCAAUGUCAAUACAUGUGGAGUCAAAUAUUUAGAUGAUUGCACUGUGCACAUUAAUAUAUGAACAGAAUACAAUGUCAACAGUAAAGUUAAUGAGUCCCGUUGUCUCAGUUUGUAUCCUGUUAGGCUUAUCAGUAAGUCCCAUUUAAUGGCAGUUAAAUAAGCUGCAGAACUUCCUGUGGUCUGUGUUGACAAUAGUUUUUGUUUAAGACAAGUAGAUGUCGCACUUAAAAUGAUUUUCUGCCUUUUGUUUUCCUUCCUCUGUGGCUUCAUCACUCACUUGCCUCUUGUCUUUUAUUUUCUGCCUGUCACUCUUCUGGACUUAAUGUACAAUGCUUCUGUGUUUGUACUGGACGAAGCAAAACAUUAUCUUGCCUUACCUACGGUGGACUUGCUUGCUUGAAAACAUGAUGGGGAGAUCAUCUUCUCUCUUACCAACAUUAACUUGCCAGUCCCUUCUUCCACAGCCAUCCUUCUCUUCUUGUUUCUUCCAGUAUGACGAGCCUGUGGUUUGAAAUGCUUUGUCCUAUUAAUGUAAAUGUCAAGUGGCCCUUGAGUUAUUAUAUUUUAGGAUGCUUUAGAGUUACUUGUGCUUUUAUUUUAAGCAAAUCAUUAUCAGUUGCAAGUGUUUGCAUAGUUAGCGCAAGUUUAGAUUUCUUGCACAUUUUGCGUUAAUGGCUCCUGGGAUUAUUUCUUUGUCCGAGGUCACAUAUAAACAUAGUCUAUUUUGAGCUAUAUAAACCUUGUUUCAGUUGGACACCUUCUAAAAGAUAAAUAUAAUUAUAUUAGCAUAUAAUUGUAUUUGUAUAACUAUGGGGAUAUAUUGAUUGAUUAAAUCACUUCAUUUUUAAAUUUUUAUUUUGUAGUACAACAAAAACGUGGAAAAACCCACUUGGUGUGCGAGUAUGUGUGAGUGAGUUUGGGAAAUGUUUAGAUACAUAAAGGCGGCUUUAGACUGUGAUUCUUUGAAAGCGUCUGGUAUUUAAAGGAUACUUUCAGUGUAAUAGAAUUUCUGAAGUGCACACGUCUAUAUUGACAUGACUGGGCCCAGAAAUAAAAACACCUUUACUGACAUUGAACAUUUUCACGUGACUCACAGUGUUGUGCUGAAACUCUUAAAUGUAGCUUUCAGGAUGAAAUUCAUGCUCUUCCAUCAUUCUUAUUUUGAGCAUGGCUGACUUUGACAAUCAUUUGCUCUGAAUGUAUAUUAUUAGAUUUGCAAUAAAGAAAAAAAUAGUGCUCUAAUUAGAGUAAGUUAAGAUUGUUAAUGUUAAAAUCUUGAGUCCCCAACCACUGUCCUGUGCUGUCUUGACACAUGUCAAAUCUAUUAUUAUCAAAUGUGUCUGAUCUUUGCUAAGAGAAGAUGCCAUGUAAAAUCCAAACUUAUGAAUAAUUAACAGUCUAAGUCCGCCUUUAAUGUCUGUUGUGUACAACUUUUUUCAAUAGCAAUUACUGAUUCAUUUUACUUAUCUUUUGUUAUAAUUUUGUUUCAUAAUUGAUGUACCUGUUGAAUGUAUUUUUUAUAAGCAGCAUAAUCGUAAUCUGAGAUGCAAGAAUUCCAAGUGAUUUUAAAUUAUGAUGUAGUUUGAUUUAUUUUAUUUUUUUUCCAGUUUAAAAGGCUUUACUUGAAUUGUGUUUUUGUUUGAGUGGUAUUCAUAUAAGGUUUAUCAUUUUGUGGGAGAAAUGAAUCUUGUCACAUUAUUGUAUCAAACACUUACAUUUGUUAGAUUUUUUUUUUGUACGGAAGCCCUGAGAGACAAGUGAGAAAAACAGAAUUCUGAUUUAAAUUGUUUCCUCUCCUGUGUUUAUGACUUAAACAGGUGAACAAAGUGUUUGUUGUGGUAAUACUCAUUUUGGCCACAUGUGGCUGAAGUGCACCACUACUCCAUGUUCUAAAUAGGACUAAAAACAUUCAUGUUUCAUUCAGGUUUUAUGUGAGUUUUAAUUUCUCCAUGCACCCUAAACACAAGAUACAUAUAUUGUGUGUUAGUCUGUUCUGUAACAUUACUGUCAUGUCUUUUAUUUUGACUAGGAAUGUAUUUUAAUUGGCGAUAGAAUAUGGGGUAGUCGGGCAAUUCAGCCUCUCGUGGCCAAAAUGAGUUUUAAAAAAAGGAUCACCUGCCAAAAGUUUUUUCCUCCCGUUUUCACAGAUGAAAUAAAAAAGUAACUUAGAAAAAUGAUCCUGGCAAAACGUUUUUGUCACCUGUUCUUAAGUCACAGUUCUUAACACAGGAAAACUAUUUAGAUCAGACUUAGAAAAUGGAUCACCAGAAUUUGGUUUUUCUCACUUGCCUCACAGGGCUUCUGUAUUUUUGCGUGUGUGUGUUGGUGAAUGAGUGGAAGGUGUUUCUUCAUAUUGAUUGAUGCUAGGACAAGUCUUCCUAAUUCUGAUGUGCAUCAUAUUUGAGGAUGAAUCUGUUGCUUCUGCUGUCAUCACCAUCCCCUGUGCUUUCACAGUUGGACUCAUGCUUGUUUUGGGAAGAUCUGGCAGCUCUUAUUGGAUGGUUGGAAAUUUUGAGUGUUGGACAGGAAGCGUGUGGGGUUUGGCCGGGUGUAUGUGAGUGAAGGGUGGUUGAAGAUGUGAAUGAAGAAUGCCAUAUUAUUGACAAACCAUCACAAUUAAUGUUGGUGACCUGCAUUUACCUGCUUCGUAUCCCUCCUUGGGUGAUUUACUAUUUUCAUCUUUGGUUAGAAUUGCAUCUCUAUAAUUGCAAAAUGCCUUAACAUUGUACAGUUUCAUUUAAGUUUUUUUUGUUUCACAUAUUAUAAAACACCAGCUUUACGGAAAUAAAUCCAAACACAAUGCUUCUCCUAUCACUUCUGAGCUACAAGAAGCUCACAUUAACAUGCUUGUCAAGUGUACAUUUAGAGACAUUGAUUUAAAAAAGGACCCGAUGCUUGCUGUUGUAGUUUAUAAAACUACUCCUAUAUCACUGAGGACUGGAGUAAAAACAGAGGAGCCAUAUUCUCCUUAGUUGCAUCAUUUCACAGUGUUCUCGGCUUGACAUUAAGCAAAACACACAAUAUAAGACUGCCAUUUCACCUUGUUAUCCUUUCUGUCAUGUUAGCAGCGCUUACAGGCAAGUAUUAAGCCAACUCUGUGCCUUCUGCACUAUCAAGCUGCAUCCUCCUCCCUGUACAUACAGUAGAUAAGACCAUAGGUUUAAUGUGGCUAGAACGUCAUUCAAACCCUUUUCCUUUCCAGUGGAACUGCUGUAAAUGAAUUCAAGUUUAAAUAAACUGUCUCUAAAGUUCAA